GUUUUGUUUACUUUUUAAAACAGAACUUGGCACGUUAGACAUUCGUGUGAUAACUUUUACGAAUAAAUUAUGAUAAAUAUUUUAAUUUUCUACUUAAUAUAAAUCUGUGAUAUUGAUUAUUAAAAGACGAUGGAUAUUGGAGUAUUUGAAAUUCCAAAAGAUUUGGAAGUCUUGCCUUUGGGAGAAAAUGGAGAAAUGGAAGUGCUGCCGGUUUCGGGGAAAAACCGAUUGAAUACUUCGAAAUUGCCAUGUGGGCUUCCACCAAUUCUUCCUGAUACCAAUACUAUGCUGAAUUCAUUUUUAGAAAAUCCUGAAAAAUUGCCUAUUUUUCAUUUGGAUGCUGUGCAAAGAUUGGUUCCUAUUAAGCCAAAUGUUUCCUCUCUUUACUCUAUAAAUUUAUGUCCUCUUCAAACAACUUUGAAUGUAAGAAGGGACAUGAUGACUGGAAAGCUGUUAGGUUUCACUGAGGAAGUAAAAGACAUCUUUGAGGGAACCCACAACACAUCAACAUCAUUAUCCAGAGCUCCUGGUCCUCCUGAUGCAGGAGUGAGAGGUAGCACAAGUAGUUUUCCAUUUUGGCCUGGUGGAAUGGACGAACCUUGGGCUGACUUAUUGAAAAAAGAGAGUUUGGAUGCUUCACUUUUUGAAGAAGAUCUUCUUGACACUCCUCCUGGAUUCAAAUGUGGAAUGAAAUUUGAAAGGAAAGCCCAGGAUCAAGUUGAUUACAUUCAUACUCAGCCUCAAAAAAUUAACCUCACAGAAUUAUUGGCCAUGGAUGAUGAUCUUGAUUUGGAAGAUUUGACUGAGCCUGAAGAUAAAAAAGAAGUGGAUCUCGAACAGACCCAACUCAAACAACCAGAUAAAUCAUCUGAUGCUGAAGAUGCCUUUUUGAAAUUGACAUCAUUACCAGUGUUGAAUAUCAGUGAAACUGAGAAAAAGAAGCCUGUUACGAACUACGAAUGGGCGGUUAUUGAUGAUAUAAGUCGAUCAGUUGAAGAUUUUAAUGAAAAAGUUGCUGAAAUGGCCAUGACUUAUGAUUUUACACUUGAUCCUUUUCAACAAAAAGCUGUUCUGCAUUUGGAAAAGAAAGAAAGUGUAUUUGUUGCAGCCCAUACUUCUGCAGGUAAAACAGUAGUUGCUGAAUAUGCGAUUGCCUUAGCAAGAAAACAUGUUGCCAGAGUAAUAUAUACAUCUCCAAUAAAAGCUCUUUCCAAUCAGAAGUAUAGAGAUUUUAAAGAAAAGUUUGAAGAUGUUGGGUUGAUAACUGGGGAUGUGCAGAUAAAUCCUGCUGCUUUUUGUCUGAUUAUGACUACAGAAAUUUUGAGGUCAAUGUUAUAUCAUGGAUCAGAUGUUGUUCGUGAAUUAGAAUGGGUCAUAUUUGAUGAAGUCCAUUACAUAAAUGAUUCUGAACGUGGUGUUGUUUGGGAAGAAGUUUUCAUCAUGUUGCCAGACCAUGUAAAUUUAAUAAUGUUAAGUGCCACUGUCCCAAAUACAGCAGAAUUUGCUGAGUGGUUAGGUGGAAUCAAGAAAAGAAAGAUAUAUGUGAUUAGUACUUUAAAGCGUCCUGUCCCUUUAGUACAUUAUUUAUAUACUGGAAGUGUUGGAAAAUCAGAGAAUGACAUAUUUCCAAUUGUUGAUCCUUCUGGAAAAUUUUUGACUGAUGAGUACAUGAAAGCUUGUAAUUCUAAAAAAGAGAAGGACAAAUCUAAAUCUUCCUCAGGACCCAAAGGUCCAAAGUAUAAUAUUACUUUAGCUCAGGAAAAGAAUGUUUACAUUGGUCUCUUAGGCUAUCUGCAGAAAAAAGAUCUCUUGCCAGCUGUUUGCUUUACUCUAUCAAGAAAAAAAUGCAAUACACAUGCAGAAAUACUGUCAAGUAAAGAUCUAACUACACAAGUAGAAAAAAGGGAAAUAACAAAAUUUUUCAAUGAAUGUAUAUCGAAACUUAAAGCUGAAGAUAGAAAACUUCCUCAGGUGAAAUUAAUGGGUGAACAACUUGCUCGAGGAUUUGGGGUUCAUCAUAGUGGAAUUUUACCUAUCCUUAAAGAAGUGGUAGAAAUGUUGUUUCAGAGGAGCUUAUUAAAAAUUCUCUUUGCCACGGAAACAUUUGCCAUGGGUGUUAACAUGCCAGCUCGAACUGUAGUAUUUGAUUCCAUUCGUAAACAUGAUGGUCUCAAUUUCCGUGAUUUGAAACCAUCUGAAUAUAUCCAAAUGGCUGGUCGUGCAGGAAGACGUGGUAAAGAUACUGUAGGAACGGUGAUAAUUCUAUGCAAAGCUGAUGUUCCCGAUUCCUCAGCAUUACAUAAUAUGAUGCUGGGAAAACCUACCAAGCUAGAAUCUCAAUUCAAAUUGACAUACAGUAUGAUAUUGAAUUUGUUAAAAAUAAAAACGUUUCGGGUGGAAGAUGUCAUUAAACGAUCCUUUGGAGAAUCAGAUAAUCAAAAACAGCAAAAAGUUUAUCGAGAACUCCUGACUGAAGCCACACAGAAACUUGCAAGCUUAAACAAAUUAGAUUGUUCUUUAUGUAAUGUUGACAUGGCUCAGUACAUUAUGUCCUUAAAAGAAGUUAGACUUUUGAAGAAUGAAGUUAUGGAAAAGAAAUGUUCACAAGCGCUAGCUAAUAAAUUGUUGGUUCCAGGAAGAAUUCUUGUAGUGUCGACAAAUGAUCAUCAAAAUGUUUUAUGCACAUUACUAAGUAUAGAUAAAGAAAAUAAAAUGAAAGUUCUUGGUAUUGCUGAAAAAAAUAAGCCAACAGAUUCCAAAAACUCAUCAACAAAAGCAAAUAUUUUGCCUUGGACUAAGAAAUUAUUUUAUCCUAGUGAGAAACAACCUGACAUUCUGAAUGUGACCUUUUCUGACAUUGAAAUAAUAGGAAAUAAAGUCAUGAGGAUAGAUGAUAGUGCCAUACUUAAGGAGUGCAAGAGAUUUCAUGCAAUGAAUUCAAACCCUGGUCAUUCCAUUAGUGCUGCAUUUCAGGAACUGUGUUGUCUUUGUGAAGCAAACUUAAAUGGCUUUCCAUCAGCCAAUGUAAAUUUAAAAGAUAUAAAUUUUGCUCCUAAAGUACAUAAUUUAGACAGGUUAGAAAAAGCUUUGGAAAGCUUUACAUGUGUAAAAUGUCCUGAAUUUUCUAAGCAUUUUGAAGAUCUUUACACUUUUAUGCAAAUGGAAGAAGAUAUUAAAGAAUAUUCUUACAAGUUAUCAGAGCAAAGCCUUUCUCUGCAUCCUGAUUAUGAAUCUCGAAAAGCUGUACUUAAAACAUUAGGAUACAUAGAUGAAAAUGAGAAUGUUCAACUAAAGGGAGCAGUUGCCAGAGAAAUGAGCAAUCAUGAACUUCUUAUCACAGAACUUCUUGUUAAGUCUGUUUUCACAGAAAGUCCACCAGAAGAAGUUGCAGCAUUAUUAUCAUGCAUGGUCUUUCAACAGAAAAAUGAUGAUGCAAAUUUGGAAUUGCCCAGUCAUAUGAUUGAGAAAAUCAAAGAAAUACGAGAAGUGGCUAUGGACAUAUCUUUAGUGCAAUCUCAAAACAAUAUCCUUGAUCCAAACUUUGUUUCCCAGUACAAUUUUUAUUUAGUACCUGUUGUUUAUGAAUGGGCUAAAGGCACAAUAUUUGCAGAAAUCAUGAAAAAGACGGACGUUGAUGAAGGCAUUAUUGUCCGAAGUAUCCAACGAUUAAGCGAAUUGUUAAAGGACGUCCGUAAUGGUGCUAAUCUGGUUGGUGAUACUGCUCUAGCCAAAAAGAUGGAAGAUGCUUCUCACCAAAUAAAAAGAGAUAUCGUUUUUGCUGCGAGCUUAUAUACCCAGUAAUGCUAUUGUACUUAAAAAGUAUAUUUCAAAUAAAAUCUUUAUUAUGUGUUUGCAUUA